GCGGCGCGCCGGCCGGGGAACCCGAGAGCGCACGGCGCCCCAAGCUGGCAGGCGCCGCGGGACCCCGCACCCUCGCCGGCUGCCCUUCCCCGGGCGCCCCCACCCUCCUCGCCCGCAGGAGACCCUGGGCUUCCCCGGAGGAGCUCACCCCAAGGGGCCAGGACUCCGGCGAGCCCGCCACCGUCCCCUCCAGUGCCGCCGCCACCACCGCAGCCGCGGGAGCAGCAUGGUCCAGCUGGGGAAGCUGCUCCGCGCCCUGACUUUGAUGAAGUUCCCCUGCUGCGUGCUGGAGGUGCUCCUGUGCGCGCUGGCGGCGGCGGCGCGCGGCCAGGAGAUGUACGCCCCGCACUCCAUUCGGAUCGAGGGGGACGUCACCCUCGGGGGGCUGUUCCCGGUGCACGCGAAGGGUCCCAGCGGAGUGCCCUGCGGCGACAUCAAGAGGGAGAACGGGAUCCACAGGCUGGAAGCGAUGCUCUACGCCCUGGACCAGAUCAACAGCGAUCCCAACCUGCUGCCCAACGUGACGCUGGGAGCGCGGAUCCUGGACACUUGUUCCAGGGACACUUAUGCGCUCGAACAGUCGCUCACUUUCGUCCAGGCGCUCAUCCAGAAGGACACCUCCGAAGUGCGCUGCACCAACGGCGAGCCUCCCGUUUUCGUCAAGCCGGAGAAAGUAGUUGGAGUGAUUGGGGCUUCGGGGAGUUCGGUCUCCAUCAUGGUAGCCAACAUCCUGAGGCUUUUCCAGAUCCCCCAGAUUAGUUAUGCAUCAACGGCACCCGAGUUAAGUGAUGACCGUCGCUAUGACUUCUUCUCUCGUGUGGUCCCGCCCGAUUCCUUCCAAGCCCAGGCCAUGGUAGACAUCGUAAAGGCCCUGGGUUGGAAUUAUGUGUCUACUCUCGCAUCGGAAGGAAGUUAUGGAGAGAAAGGUGUGGAAUCCUUCACGCAGAUUUCCAAAGAGGCAGGUGGGCUCUGCAUUGCCCAGUCCGUGAGAAUCCCCCAAGAACGCAAAGACAGAACCAUUGACUUCGAUAGAAUUAUCAAACAGCUCCUGGACACACCCAACUCCAGGGCUGUCGUGAUUUUUGCCAACGAUGAGGAUAUCAAGCAGAUCCUUGCAGCAGCCAAAAGAGCUGACCAAGUAGGCCAUUUCCUUUGGGUGGGAUCAGACAGCUGGGGAUCCAAAAUAAACCCACUGCACCAGCAUGAAGAUAUUGCAGAAGGAGCCAUCACCAUUCAGCCCAAGCGAGCAACUGUGGAAGGGUUUGAUGCCUAUUUUACAUCCCGCACACUUGAAAACAACAGAAGAAACGUAUGGUUUGCCGAAUACUGGGAGGAAAACUUCAACUGCAAGUUGACAAUUAGUGGGUCAAAGAAAGAAGACACAGAUCGCAAAUGCACAGGACAGGAGAGAAUUGGAAAAGAUUCCAACUAUGAGCAGGAGGGUAAAGUUCAGUUCGUGAUUGACGCAGUGUACGCAAUGGCUCAUGCCCUUCAUCACAUGAACAAGGAUCUCUGUGCUGACUACCGGGGCGUCUGUCCAGAGAUGGAGCAAGCUGGGGGCAAGAAGUUGUUGAAGUAUAUCCGCAAUGUGAAUUUCAAUGGUAGUGCAGGCACCCCAGUCGUGUUUAACAAGAAUGGGGACGCCCCUGGGCGUUACGACAUCUUCCAGUACCAGACCACAAACACCACCAACCCUGGUUACCGCCUGAUCGGACAGUGGACAGAUGAACUGCAGCUCAAUAUAGAGGACAUGCAGUGGGGUAAAGGACUCCGGGAGAUCCCCCCGUCAGUGUGUACACUGCCAUGCAAGCCUGGACAAAGAAAGAAGACACAGAAGGGAACUCCUUGCUGCUGGACCUGUGAGCCUUGUGAUGGCUACCAGUACCAGUUUGAUGAGAUGACAUGCCAGCAUUGCCCCUACGACCAGCGACCCAAUGAAAACCGAACCGGCUGCCAGGAGAUCCCCAUCAUCAAACUGGAGUGGCACUCCCCCUGGGCCGUCAUCCCUGUCUUCCUCGCCAUGUUGGGGAUCAUCGCCACUAUAUUUGUCAUGGCCACUUUCAUCCGCUACAAUGACACUCCCAUCGUCCGGGCAUCUGGGCGGGAACUGAGCUAUGUUCUGUUGACGGGCAUCUUUCUUUGCUACAUCAUCACUUUCCUGAUGAUAGCCAAACCUGAUGUGGCAGUGUGUUCUUUCCGGCGAGUUUUCUUGGGCUUGGGUAUGUGCAUCAGUUAUGCAGCCCUUUUGACAAAAACCAAUCGGAUUUAUCGCAUAUUCGAACAGGGCAAGAAAUCAGUGACAGCUCCCAGACUCAUAAGCCCGACCUCACAGCUGGCGAUCACUUCUAGUUUAAUAUCAGUUCAGCUUCUAGGUGUCUUCAUUUGGUUUGGUGUUGACCCACCCAACAUCAUCAUAGACUACGAUGAACAUAAGACAGUGAACCCUGAGCAGGCCCGGGGAGUUCUCAAGUGUGACAUCACGGAUCUCCAGAUUAUCUGCUCCUUGGGAUAUAGCAUCCUUCUCAUGGUCACGUGUACUGUCUAUGCCAUCAAGACCCGGGGUGUCCCGGAGAGCUUUAAUGAAGCCAAGCCCAUCGGGUUCACCAUGUACACGACGUGCAUAGUCUGGCUUGCCUUCAUUCCCAUUUUUUUUGGCACCGCUCAGUCGGCGGAAAAGCUCUACAUACAAACUACCACGCUUACAAUCUCCAUGAACCUAAGUGCAUCAGUGGCGCUGGGGAUGCUAUACAUGCCGAAAGUGUACAUCAUCAUUUUCCACCCUGAGCUCAAUGUCCAGAAACGCAAGCGAAGCUUCAAGGCCGUAGUCACAGCAGCCACCAUGUCAUCGCGGCUGUCACACAAGCCCAGUGACAGACCCAACGGGGAGGCCAAGACAGAACUCUGUGAAAACGUAGACCCAAGCAACUGUAUACCACCAGUAAGAAAGAGUGUACAAAAGUCUGUUACUUGGUACACUAUCCCACCAACAGUAUAGCUUUUGCCUGCUUUCCAAAAGGGUUAUCUCACAUGUUUAAGCUUUUCGGAACUGUGCAAUCUAAGUUUUGGUAAUGUGUCGCGACUCCCCCUCCUCUUCGACGUUCAAGGCAAUAACCCUGAGUUAACUGGAGACUCCCUCAGUUUAAAUUCCAUUUUAAAACACUCUGUAAGUACAGCUUAGCAAAGAAUAUAUGUUCCCUGACCUUGACACAGAAUCACCUCAGAAAUAAAUGCAGCUGUAAAUCUUGCAGGCAUAUGUCUUUCUGCCUGAGAGCUCUGUGAAGCACCGUCAUUUCUCUCACCACGGUUUGACCUCAGCAUCCUCAAAAACCAAUUAAUAUUUGCCCUCUCUGUUCUGCACCUUUGGUUCGACUUAAAGAAUGGGAUGAAAGUUCACAUGGCUGGGAUGUCUACUGGUUCUUAGCAUCAAAGGAACCCACACAUCAUUCUCCAGAGUCCUGAAAACUAUGUCAGCUUUUACAUUUAAGCCUGGCACUGCACCAUCUGGCCGGGAUCUAUGAAACACAAGAGUAUUUUAAGUUGGGUCAAUCAAAGAGACGUUUGUCAAGCACUGCUCCCCUGGGUCAGCCCUGAACUGCCUAGGAGUAGGGGGACAGAAGUGGACAGUACCCUCAGGGGACCCCAGAUCGAAUGGAGGACUCACAGGUAAGCGAUUUUCACUCGGAGUGGCAGGGGCUCUUAGGAGAGGCAGUAGCAGUGAGCUCCAGGCGGACAGCCUCACCCAGGGGGUUUUGUUGGAGCUGCUCUUAAAAGAUGAAGGAUUCUAGGCAGUGGUAAAGAAAAGACCGGAGGCAGGAAACAAGUCAGCACAAGGAAGCUUUUGUAUUCAGACGAAUGUGGUCUGUCAUGGGACUGGAAAGCAGUUCUGUGAGGCUGGAGAAUUGUAUUUGGAGGCAGAUGGUUUCGGGGGAUGACACGAGCCUGUGUACGGAGGGACCAAGUUGCCUUUAUCUCUGCGCCGUGAGCGCAGGGCCCGCAAACACUAGGGCCUCAGAAAAUGUCCGUGGCAUGAAUGGAGUGUCAUACUUCACGUACCAGAGGCUCCUAGCCUCACCUAGGACGUCAUAGGUAACAGUAAAUAUCUACUGAGUAAUUAUUUAUUAAUAAUAAGAAAGUAUCAAGUCUACAGCCUCAGCAAGCGGAAGUGUAGUCUUCCAGAUAAAAUCUCUAAAGUCACAAACAAGGCAAUGUUUGAUCCUGAUGUCACAGGUUUCAGAAGUAUCUUUUAUGGAUAACUCUUAAAUCGGAUGGUCAGCGCGACAUCUGCACUUGCAUAAAUAACAUCUCUUUUGAGGAGCUGACCCCAUGGAUGAAACCAGCAAAGUUUUACGCCUAUUUAUUUCCUUUCAUGGACUGCAGAGACCCGUUUUCAGUUACCUUUGGAAAUGAAUCCUAAGCACUUCUAAUUUGGUAAAAACAGAAACAUAAUAAUCAGAAAAAAACAUUAUAUUGAUUAAGUGCAUUUUCUCAGACACUGGCAUUAAGGACAGAUGUUGUGUUUUAGGCCCCCAGUUUCAUUUGCAUUUGAAAAGAAAACAGCAUGUGUCCUGAACCAAGGUCAGUUAAUCUCUACAAUCUUUCUUCCUCCCAACUACUGUGAAUGAGCACCUUCUCAGGACUCAAGCGAUGGUGACUCUGGUUUCUGCUACUAAAGACAUGUCUCAGCUUCGCAGAUUUUUCUUUUCUUUUCUUUUCUUUUUGGCUGUACGGUGGAACUCGGAUGCAUUUUAAAUUAGCUUUCUCUAGGAAUCAAAGAGUAACCUCUGGAGACCCCAGCUUGCUCACAAAGGAUUGAGAAAAUGACUCCGAAGCCUGUUCUUGCUGAGCUGACCCAAACACUUAGACGACGUGGCAGCAGUCAGCCAUCUCACAUUCUGAGGAAGCUUUCCUUGAUGAGAUACCGUGG